CUGAGGGAAAAAUCCCGUUGCGAAAUCAAGCACGUAUGUUGUCAUUUUCGCAACGACCCGUUGUUAUAUUUUUCAACAACGGCUGUUGGUGAAUUGUGCACGAACGUGCUCAAAUUGACACCGAGACGUGGUCAACUUUCGGUACCAACAACAGCCGUGCUUAAUUUGUCCAUUUGUAAUAUUGGUAAUUGCAGCCGAUUACACACGAGUAAAAAAUGACAACGGUGGUGCAUGAUUCACACACGGUCGUUGUCAAUAUGACACCGGUCGUGUAUGAAUUAUGCACCACCACCUGCAUAAUGAUGCACCACCGUUGUUACUUUGUACACCGACGUGCAUGAAUCGUACACGAUCGUUGCCAUUUUAGCAACUACCGUGUAUGAAUCAUGCACCACCGUUGUCAUUUUUUUACUCGUGUGCAAUCGGCUGCAUAUUUACCAUUUUUUUCCGUGUUAUUGAAAGAGAAAGGACGCAUUGUGCAAAAAAUUUAUUGAAAAUGAAUAAUAAUUCGCAAGAUCCUCAAAAUAUCAUUGGUGAGUUGUUAGAAAUCGAUGGCAAUAUUGUUGUGGUUCGCGAUACAAACCAUUGCAGCAGUCAAGAUGCGGAAAACAAUGAGGACGAUUAUAUGUUAAGGGAGUUCUUAAAAGGAAUAAAUAUGGAGUCGCUUUUUGAACAAUUAAAAGCAUCACAUGUAACAUUUCGCAGCUUGCAGUACUUGAAAAAAGAAGAUUUAAAGGAAGCAGUGCCACCAUUGGGACUGCGUGUUGAAUUCAGAGAAAAGCUCUUUGCUUGGAAAAAACGAAAGCUCGGGAUUGAUGACGAAACUAUGUCAGUUCCAUCUAAAAUAGGUGAAUGGUGGAAACGCAACGAGACACCUGCAAGUACUCCUGGUACUCCCGACACUACAGGUUCGAACUGCUCAAAAGCCAAAGGAAUUUUGUCAGAGGAUCUAACGGAAUUGUUAACACAUACCUCGAAGGGGAAACUAGCGCUUGAAUGUAGUAGCGUUAAUAAGAAAUUAAGUGACGAGCAAAGAGAUGAUAUAAUUAAUAUAAUUAUUGAAGAUAUUUUAACCAACAAUGUUACUCUUUACACUCAAGACUAUAUGCGCAUAUUGGAUGAAAUUUGUUCCGUUUUUCCUCUUGAAAACGAAAUGAGGGAUUAUUAUUACAUUUCAAGAAAAGGAAAGAACAACGCAAGCGGAAAACUUUAUGCCAAGUAUAGAAACAAGAAGUCCAAAAGAAUAAAGCUUUUGAUUUCCGAGCCUAGCACAAGCAAAGCAGCAACUCACACAUCUCCUAAUUUUUGUAACAAAGAUGUUCCCGAAAUUGAUGAAUCAGUUGAAAAUUCAUUGAAAGCUUCCUUACUAAGAGAAUGUAAUGAUUGGGGAUCGAUCUGCGAAAAAUGGAAAAGAUCUUUUAACAUACGGCAAAGAGAUAUAAAAAAUUUAAGUAGCCAUACAUUUCUCCUUGAAUGGACGAAGUUGUCCGAUGCAAGAGCUUCAGAAUUGGUCAACAUUGAUUUCGAUAUUAUGUAUCCACAGAAAGGCAAUCUUCUACUUUCUAAAUGGGACCAAUUUAAGAAAAAAAUUUACAAUUAUUAUGGGAAAAAUAUUCAUAACGAACAUUGCAAACAACUCUUCGCAAAUGUUUUGACGGCAAGCAGCAUAGGUAAAUUUUAAUUCCUGAUUUAUCAUAAACAUUAAAAGUAAUAUUUAUUUUAUAUUUCGGUUGCAGAUGCUCAAGAUUAUAUAUACGCAAUACUGUUGAAUUCAGUUUUACCAUCACCUGCUAGGUUUAAAUGUGGAAACGGUAAAUUACGAAAAAAAGUAACAAUAGCUGAUUCGCAGGAAAGUUUCGUACUGCGACUACCGACAAUUAACGAUUAUAAAAGGCAAAUUGAUACAGUCACUGAAAAGUAUUACAAUGCUGGAUUAACUAUACAGCCAUUUAUAAUUGUGGAGGGUUUGUCCGAUUUCAAUAUAAAAGGUUUUUAUGUUUUUUUUAACCACAAUUUGUUAAAAUUUCAAUCGUUCCUCGAAUGUUUAGAUACAUGUUUUAAAAUUUUUCAUGCACUUUCUUUAAAAUAUCCAAAUGCCUGCCAAAUUCCAUGGAUUUUUAUCCAAAAAUAUUUUUAUGAAAUUAAUACUGUAUAUGAUAUAAAAUCAGUUAAUUUGACUUCACUUAUUAAUUUCUGCAACAAUAAUUAAAGUACAAUUCAAAAUGUAUAUUUGCUUUCGUUGCCGUAAGCAUUUUGAUAAGGCAAAUCUUUUAAUAGCUCAUUUGAAAACAGACCAUUUAAUGUCCACUAAAUUUUUAAAAGUACAAUGCGUUCAGGACAACUGUAAGCAAACAUUUACAAAAUUUACGUCAUUCAGAAUUCAUUUAGAAAAACUUCACAAGAAUCACACAAAAGCUCCACCAAUGGUUAAAGCCAUUAAUGUGCCAGUUGAAAUGUCAUCAUCAAAAGAAAAUGAUUAUACAAACAGUGAAACUGUUAUUAACAACAAUACAAUAGAAAAGGAUUUAAAU